UUUUUUUGUGCAUUUCAGAUUUCUCGCUGGGCUUGGGGGAUUUUGACAAAAGUUUCCGUUCCCCCAAUUUCAAUUUCAAUUUGGUGGGAAAAAUAUUGACUAAAUUCGACUGCUGAUGAUUCAAAUUCUACUGUUAACGGGUAUUUGACGAUUGAGAUUUAAGAGGAUCUCCGUUCUGGGGAGAUCCUUAGGAUUCAACAUUAGAUUUUUAUGUCAGUUGGCUGAUCUUUAAGCUUUUCAGCUGUUAUCAUGCCAGUCCAAGAGUGAAAUCAACUAUCAGGUGAAGAUUUUGCAGUCACAUCAUUGUGAAACUAUGGAGUGCAACAGAGAUGAAGCCCUAAGAGCAAAAACAAUUGCUGAGGACAAGUUAGAGAAAAAGGAUUUUUCUGGUGCAAGAAAAUUUGCCUUGAAAGCACAUAAUUUAUAUCCAGAAUUUGAGGAUAUUACCCAGUUGUUGACAACACUUGAUGUGUAUAUUUCAUGGGAGAACAAAACUAAUGGAGAAGUAGACUGGUAUGGAGUACUUGGUGUAAAUCCAACCUGUGAUGAUGAAACAAUAAGAAAACAAUACAGGAAGUUGGCUCUCAUGCUUCACCCUGAUAAAAAUAAAAUUGUUGGUGCUGAUGGAGCAUUUAAGCUUCUUUCAGAAGCCUGGAGCUUGUUAUCAGAUACAGCCAAGAGGUUUGCCUAUAAUCAAAGGAGGGGUUCUAGAGGAGUCCAACAGAAAGUUCCCAUGCAUGCUGGUGGUCCAUCUUCUGCAUCCCGUGCAAAUGGAUAUCAUAAUAUUGCAAGUAGGACAACAUCGGUUCUGAAGAUGAAGAACAAUGGUGCAAAGGUGCCCCCUACAUCAGUGCCUACUCCAUCCCAUUCCAGAACUGAUACUUUCUGGACCAUUUGUCGUCGAUGCAUGAUGCAUUAUGAGUAUCUUAAGAUAUAUCUUAACCAUACUCUUCUUUGUCCCAAUUGUCACAAGGCCUUCCUGGCUUCUGAGGCUGCUUCACCUUUCAAUAGUUCCAAAUCUUCCAAUCCCGUUCCUCCCCGACGGCAUCAAAAUUCUAGCAAUCAUGCACCUAGUCGGAAUGCUUUUGAUAGAGGAAGAAAAGUGGCCGCUGCUAAAAAAUCAGGUCCAGGAAUAGCUGGUCCGAAUUCAUUUAAACAUGCAAACUUCCAGCAGGAUUCACCAUCUGGAAAAGUUGUUAGUAGUGGCAAGGAUCCUUCUGUCACAACAAAAGCAGCAAAUGUUGUAAAGCUGGUACAACAGAAAUUAAAGAGAGAGUAUACUGAAUCAAAUGCCCCUACUGGUUUGGAGGGAGAUAUUAAAAGACAAAAAUUAGAUAAUGAUGGUUAUCGAUAUGGAAUGAACAAUUAUGUGGGCCAGGAAAAUGGUGGUUUUGGAAGAGCAGGUACAUCAGGAUCAAGGUUCUAUCAUAUUCCUGGCACUUACGGUCAGCCAAACAGCACUAGAGAUCUUACACUGCUUGAAACGCGAAAGAUGCUGAUGGAAAAGGGUCGAAAGGAUAUUCUGAAGAAGCUAAAUGAAUGGAAAUCAGGGACUCCAAGCAACAUUGUGAACGGAGAGAGCAAGAAAGCAACAGAAAACAAGAGAGUGAAAUAUAAAGGCACCCAUAAUGGGAAAGUUGGGUUGUCUUCUGUGGUAGAAGAGAUGGCAGACAAGCAUCUUAUGAGUUGUUCUGCUGAUAAUGCAGAUAAGAAGAAUAUCAUGGCAGUAUCACUGAAUGUUCCAGAUUCUGACUUUCAUGAUUUUGACAAGGAUAGAAGUGAAAGUUCUUUUGGCAAUAACGAAGUUUGGGCUGCUUAUGAUGAUGACGAUAGUAUGCCGCGUUUUUAUGCUCUAAUUAACGAGGUGAUAUCUAGGAAACCAUUUAAGGUGAGGAUCAGUUGGCUUAACUCAAAAACCAACAGCGAAUUUGGUCCCAUAGACUGGGUAGGCUCAGGUUUCUACAAAACCUGUGGGGAAUUUAGAGUUGGCAGACAUGAAAUCUGCACAUCUAUUAAUUCGUUUUCUCAGAAGGUUGUUUGGUCAAAAGGUCCACGAGGGACUAUUCGAAUAUUUCCCAAAAAGAGUGAUGUUUGGGCAAUUUAUAAAAAUUGGUCGUCUGAUUGGAACGAAGAUACUCCUGGUGAAGUUAUGCACAGCUAUGACAUGGUGAUGGUGCUUGAUGAUUACGAAGAACAGGGUGUGUCUGUUGCUCCCCUUGUGAAGGCGAUCGGUUUUAAGACAGUAUUUCAUCCAAAUUUGGAGCCGGAAAUGGUCAAGAGAAUCCCCAAAGAAGAGAUGUUCCGAUUUUCUCAUCAGGUCCCUUGUCACUUGCUUACUGGUCAAGAAGGUCAAGAUGCGCCAAGAGGUUGCUUGGAACUGGAUCCAGCUGCUACCCCAUUGGAACUUCUUCAGGUGAUAACAGUCUCAUGAGGUGACAGUCAUACCAAAUGGAGGAGAUAUUGAGGAAGAGGUACUGCCGAGUGCUCCCGUCACCAGGGUGGAUGAGAUUGAUGAUGGGCUAGUGACACAGGAAUAGACUGAGUUGAGGAACGUCAGAAAAUUGACUUGCCAAGUUAGGCGACAAAUCAGCAGAUUUAGAUUACACUGGAAUGCUUAAAUGGAUGUGCAACUUGCUGUAGAUACAGUUAGCAUGAGGGCUUUUUCAAUUGGGCAACACUAAUUGAAGAAGAUUGGCACUUCUAGGUCUCAAGUGGAAUUUCGUCAUUUUUAUUUUUUAUUUUGAGAAUUCGAAUGUUUACCAGUUAUUAUAGUCAGUCAAGUCUAACCCAAAGGUAGACUGAAGUGAAUAUAGUCGAGAAGAUAAAAAAAACAGGUAAGAGAAAUUGCUUUAUGUCAACUGAAAAUGAUGUAAGACAGGCAUAUACUCAAAAUUUCCUGAUUCUGAUUCUUAGCAUCAAAUACAUUGAAUUCAUUU